GAAUUGAAACAGAGAGAAUAAUAGAUCUUGAGAAAAUGAUAAAGUCGGUCCCUUAUGUUUGAGGGUAGUUCAAAAUAGCCCCUUAAGUAUGCACUAAACAGUUUUGGUCCUUUAAAUUGAAACAAAUUAACACUUUAGUCUCUGUUAAAAAUUUACCGAACUCUGUAUGUUAGAUUUGACGAGAACUAAGAAAAAAAUAGCUAGAACUCACAUAUAGAGGUUUAUUUUUUUGUAGUUUCUGAUGUUUUCAAUUUAUUCCUAGAGUCUGGUGCAAUUUUUUGAGAUGUAAUUUCUAUAUCUUCUUAGUGUUUAGUGCAGUUUUUUGUGUUGCAUAAAUUGUUAAAUAUUCGACGGAAACUAAAAAGUGUUAAAAUUUGGCAAACUUAAAGUAUCAAAACUGUUAAGUGCAUACUUUAGGACUAUUUGAACCUACCCUUAAACAUAAGGGACAAUAUUUGUCAUUUUCUCUAAAAAAAAAAUACACUACAUAUAUUUUCAAGAUUCCUAAAUUCUUUCCUCCAAGAAGAACCAAAGGGCUGAAGGGAAGUGUAUCUGCAAUCAACAAAAUGCCAAUCAAAUGGGUUUUGCAUUGGCAGCCAAAUGCAGGGAAAACAGUGAACAGUCAAAUAGUGAGUGAAGUAUCUCAAUGUGUUGAAAGUAUUAAACAAGGAAGAUGGAAAGCUACUCUUAGCUUUUAUAAACCCAUGCUUAGAGAACAAGCAAAUGCAGUGGAGUUUCCCCGAGAUUUUUUGGGAAUUUCACUUCAAGAACAGCCCAACAAGUAUUACUUUGUAAUUAGAGGGCAACGGAUGAUCUUAGAAGCAGAGUCAUCAAUUCAGACGAUAAUGGAGAAGCUGCAGUCUUACAAAACGAGGGUUGCACUUAAUUUUGAGGGGUUUCAGUAUCAACUCGGUGACUUCCAGCUGCGAGUGGGCAAAGUUGUUCCAAUCCACUCUGAAAACUUGAGGGGAAUAGUUAUGGAGAUGGAGUAUCUUCCGAUUUCCUCAUGGGAGAAAUCACACCAGAUUAUGGGUGAAUUCUUUGACAUAUGGCAGGAAGCUCUUGGAAAAAGAUCAUUACCAGGUCAUUUUGUGCACAUUGAACCAAUUUUUUCAGAGUUUGGCCUCUCUGAUCAAUACACUUCACAGCACACAGCUGUACAGUAUGCUAGCAUCAUGGCUCAAAUGAUAGCAACAGCUCAAUCAGCACAAGCUGUUAGAAAUUAGAUUGUAGCAUAAUGUUCACGUUGACAAUGUAAGAUUUUAGCCUUGUACCUGUUGUAUUCUCACAACAAAUAGUAAAAGCAAUGAUUUUCCUUUAGCUCCAGAAACCAGUUCAUUAUGCGGCUGCUACUACUACUGCGAUAUAUAGAAAGCCGGUGAUCAAGACAGAUAUGAAUAGUAAGAAACUAAAGUGUUUCGUCGUUUUUAACCUUGGCCUCAAGCAGCAUGGAGAUUGCUGAUAUCCAGGAGUAUGCUUCUGUAAAUUGUCUGUUAUACUCUUUAUGUUCAGAAACAGAUCGGGAAUAUGCACAUAGAGCGUGAUGUCGAUA